GGGAAGAAGAAGGAGGCUGUCGAGGUUGGGACUGUGGAGAGAGAGGUAGAGCAACAGCUAUUCUCUCCAAAAAGGAAUCAUCGUCAUCAGGACCAGAGUCUCGUUCUCACUGAAACAACUCCAGGACGAGGUUCCUGUGUGAGCUUGAAGAGAAUCAAUUUGAUACGUCCACAUCUGCACACAGUGACCUCAACAUCUGCACCGCCUGAACAUGAUGAUGGAAGAGGAGAUCCUGGAGGACCGGGCCAAGCUGAAGCAGGGCCUGGUCAAAGUGCUGCAGUGUGUGGCCACCAUCUCCUCAGCAGCAGCUGUGGUCAACCCCAUUUUCGGCGUGGCCGGUUCCCUGAUCCGGGUGGUGCUGCACCAUGUCGACGACGAGGACAUCCGCACCCUGAAGCGCGAGUUCGGUUCGGUCAACCGGGGGCUGGACGAGCUCUCUCAGAUGAAUCGCAACACGCUGGUACAGAUCAAGAAGGAAACGCUGGAUGGGCAGUACUGCCGCGUGGAGGAGAACCUGAAGAACCAGUUCAGAAAGUUCAUGGCGAUGGUGGAGGCACGGCCGGAUCACAGCGAGCGCAAGAAGGAGGACUUCGAGGAGAGCUAUGCCAAUGACUUGGGGGACCAGAACCUGCACACGCUCUACGACGGCGUGGUGGGCAAACCGAAACUCUUCAGCAAACCCAUCCUGGAAGUCUACCUGAAGCACUCGCAAGGCGACCGCCGCACCAUGGAGCGACUCUGCACGCGCCUCACCUACCUGUUCUGCAUCGGCCUCAUCGCCCUUAUGGGAUACGCUGCCGUCAUCAGAGACGACGAGGAGGGUCUGACCGAGGAAUGGACCGAGAAGAUGGAGCACGUGCAGGAGAAGAUGCAGGAGGCUCUUUGCAGGUGCAAAUGAAGAAGAAGAAGCCUGAAGAAGAGCUUUUCUUCCUCCACUGCUGCUUUUCCUUCAUAGUCAGGACUUACAUGUCCACAUUCCCUCUGUAACUGCUUCCUCUCAGCCUUCUCUCUCCUUAUAAGCACUUUGUAAACAUCUACAGUCACUGCUUGAAAGCCCAGUGAUAAUAAUGAGCAACAAUAUGUCUCAUUCUUUUCAAAACGACAGGUGGGGGGCUCAUAUUGGGGGGGGAAAUGGGAUGCGCAGUUAAUGCAAUGGUGUUCAUUCAGACAGUCUGCAUGAUGCUUCGGAGGCUUACAAGACAACGCGCUCAUCUGCCGGUAAUAAGACUGCAGCGGUUUCAAUUGACACAGAGCACUUUGAGAUAAAUCAGCCAUGAGAUCAUAACAACUAAUCACAAAUCUACUCUGAAUGUUACAUUCUGAGCAACGUAAGAAUCCCUCACAUCUAUAAAUCAAGCUUUAACAUAAGAUUCAGUGUGCGAUACUGCAAUGUAUCCUGCUCAUUAUGCACUUUGGGACAAUAUUUGCCACUUAUUGUAGUUUUUUGACAUUACACGUAAACACUACAAGUAAAUCAGUUGGUUGGAAUCGACAACGAGCCCGAAUAAAAUCUCAACAUGAGGCAACUAUAUCCAGUUUAAAGAGGAACAGGAAACAUGCUGCUGUCAUACAAAUAUAUCUCCACUAGAGGGCCUCUUAUGAAUUCCUUAAAAUCUGAAUCUAUAUCAUAUUUUUCAUCUUAUUCCAUUGAUGUAAUAACUGCUAUAAGACAGACUUUGUUUGCCAAUAGAGGGAGUUAAUUUACAACUAUAAUCUAUAAUAUAAAAAAGCAAAACAAAGGAACAAACAUCCCAAAGUUUCCUGAGCUAUGAAUGUAACUACAGACAUAAAAUCAUAUAAUCGUUAUCAUACUGCCAUGUGCAAAUCAACAAAAUAUGUGCCACAUAUAUUGUAUGUUUCUCGUGCAUGUUCAUGAUAUGAUACACUUUGCAUACUCGUCGUUGGUGUCGAGCACUAAAUUGAAUGACAUUUUACAGUGUUUUCUGAUGCUGCUGUACAGAGUUCUUUAUUUUUCUUUACUCUUAGUGAACAUUAUUGAAAACACUAACAGCAUCCAUAUACAAUCUGGUUUGUUGUAAUAGUCACUGCAUCUGGCUACGACACUUCACCACACAACUAAAUAAUAUUUGAGGUCAAAUUAAACAAAGUGCGAUACGUGUUUCUAUUUUCACUUCCCAUAUUUGUUUCAUGUUUAUGUCGUGUCAUAGGAAGUUAUAAUGCCACUGGAUGAAUCCCCCCUUGACUUGUGCAAUUCUGCCUCUCUUUUAUUUUCUAUUACAUGUGCAGGAGGUGCACAAAGUAUGGUUGUAAUAUAUAGAUACAAUUAUCGGUGGGUUUCUUUGGUGUACGGCCAUUUAUAUCUUUUAUUUGAGGGUUGUUUUUUUAAUACAGUUAAGCCUCAGCAUCAAGGUUAAAGUUUUGUCUCCUCCUACACUCCCUCAUCCGACCAACAGUGCCUAAAUGAGGCAGUAGUUUUGUAUUAUUUCUUUUAUUUUUAAGGGUUUUUGUCUUAAUCAUUUAACUAUAUGAUUGUGUAAGGCAUUAUGUUUUUAACGGUCUAUACGCUACAGAUUUUAAACUUGUAGUUAAACUCAUGUUUGUAAGUGUUUCUUUUUGUGUUUGUUUGUUUUUAUCAAACUGGUGGUAUCGAUAGUACCAGGUGGGUUUGGAUCGCUACAUCAGAGAGUCAAUUAGAACUUUAGACUAAAUAUGUGUUCACUAAACAAUAUCAGUUUCUAUAUUUUUUCCAUUUUUCACAGGUUCAGCUCGUUUUAGUCUCAUCUUUCAUCUGUCCUAAACUGGUUUACGGUUCUGUGCCAUGUCUCUCUCUCGUUUGUUACAACAGAUUCAGCAUACGCUACAUAAAUAUAGUGAAAAUGCUGUUGAUAUGGAGGAAUAUUAUAUGAACCUCUAAGGCUUUUGUUUUUUUUAAAUGCCAUACAUGUGAAUAUGUUGCCUUUUUUGUUAUGAAUCUUUGAUGCCUGGUUGUAUACGUACCACUAUAAAUAAACGUGAGUGAAUAAUA